AUGGAUAGCAUGAGUGAGGCAUUUGAUCAAAUGCAAAUGGUCAAGGAUGUUCUAGCCAACAGUGAUAAAGUUUCAGAGGUCCUGAAGAGUCUACUCAUCAGUUCAACCUGCUUACUUCACCCACUUUCCUACCAAAGAGAAGCUAGGCAUGCUGGAGCCUUGCAGCGCCCUACUACUUCAAUCAUGUUUGGAGAUGCAACUUCUAAGUCUCCUCUUGGAGUGUUCAAGAACUAUCACUUGAAAAUUGGAGAAUGCAUCAUCCAAACUGAUCUCACUGUGAUGGAAAUGGAAGAAGAGAAGGAUCUACCUCUGUUAUUGGGAACCCCAUUCCUUAGUACAGUUGGCGCUUCAAUAGACUUUCACAAGCAAGAAGUGAUCCUUCACAAGGUUGUGAAGGAAAGGUUGACAAAGAACCAAGAGUUGGGAAGGAUAAGGAUGAGAGAGGACCAAGGAUUGAGAAGCCACGUCUUGAGAGGGCUAGAGUUGAGAAACCACGUUCUGAGGCCACGAGCUGAUAGACUUGUUCAAGCCCCUUGUGUGCUUGAUGAAGAAAGCCUUCAAGCUUUGUUUGAUGAGCCACUAGGAAGGGCUCUAAAAGAAGGGGAGGAUGUAGCCUCUAAGGCAAGACCAGGAGAUAAAAGAAAGGAUCCACCAGCUCAGGCCCCUUCAGUCAAGCCAUCUCAGCUCACAAUGACCUUGUUCCCCACCAAGUUUGAAAAUGGGAAGAUUGAGUACAAGAUAAGGUACAAGGGGAGAUCAAGGCCAUUCUCUAGAGCCAAGGCCUUGGUGACUUCAGAACAGUCCAGGGACCCAACCAAGCUAAAGGAGCUUCUGUCUCAAGUCCUCACUAUCACCCUUGAUGGUGGGAUGAUGUCUUUUUUUGGAGCAUGGAAGGACUUGGUGCAUGGACGCAGCUCAACUGGAUACGCAAAGGAAGAAGGAGGAAGCCAUCUUGAAGACCAGCUCGACCAUCUACUCGACCACCGGUCGAGUUCCUCAACUCGACCGGCCAAGCUUCAACUCGAUCGAGCUGAGAAGUCAAAGUCAAACCCGAAAAAUGUUGCUUCCCCCUUGACUUUCUUUGACCCUAAACCUAAAUCCUCUUGUAUUUAA